CGCACGAUGUGUUGACCACAACCAGUAAAAAUCACAUUUUAACAAUGGUCUAUUUAAAAGCGGAAGGAGAGAGAGGACGUUGACAGUGGCUUCUGACUCUUUCGUCCGUGCAUGGAUUUGAGCUAACGCGGUUUUGUUUUUCCAGGAGAUUGGACUGAAUAUCUGCAUCAUCUGAAUCAGACAGCAAAUUUGCACAAUGGAUCCCUUGGGAGCCCGUUCCCAGUUUGUGGAGGUUCUGAACCUGCCCACAUGGGACCAGCCUCAGGGAGUCCAGGACGAGCUGGAUGGAGAAAACCACUAUGAGGAGGAGGAGGAGGAAGAAGAGGACAACUUGACCAAUCAGCUCAACUCUGUUAACUCACCGUUUACUUUCAGACAGGACAUUAACAACAAGAUUGUACUAUUUAAUGGAGACGUGGCACUUUUAAACUGCACAGCAAUCGUCAACACAAGCAAUGAGACACUAACAGACAAGAACCCCAUAUCAGACAGUAUCCACAGACACGCUGGACCUGAACUAAGAGAUGAACUACUUAAGCUGAAAGGAUGUCGGACUGGUGAGGCAAAAAUGACAGAGGGAUUCGACUUGGCUGCACGAUUUAUAAUUCACACCGUUGGACCCAAAUAUAAAGCCAAGUACCGGACAGCUGCAGAAAGUUCUCUAUACAGCUGUUACAGAAACGUCUUGCAGCUUGCCAAGGAGCAUGCCAUGGUUUCUGUGGGCUUCUGUGUGAUCAGCACAGUCAAAAGAGCGUAUCCUGUUGAGGACGCCACUCAUAUAGCAUUAAGAACUGUUCGCAGAUUUCUGGAGAACCAUGGCGAGAACAUUGAGACGUUGGUGUUUGCUGUUUCGGAUGUUGAGGAGCCAGUGUACAGGAAGUUAUUGCCUUUGUAUUACCCACGCUCAAAACAAGAGGAGAGAAUCAGUCUGCCUCUCCUCCCUGCCGACAUUGGCAAUUCUGAGGGAGAGCCGGUGGUCCCGGAGAGACAGAUCCGCAUUGCUGAAAAGCCAGUCAAUCUAGAGGAUGACCCAGAGGAUGAUUCACUAGACUCGGAUCUGGGACUGGUCGGAAGUCAUGCCUUUGCUCGUAUGGAAGGAGAUGUGGAUAAGCAACGGAAACUCAUCCUUCAGGGGCAGAUGUCUGAAGUAGCCCAGCAGAAACAACACCAAAGAAACUAUAACCGCUGGCUUUGCAAAGCUCGUGCAGAGGACCUCUCAGACAUAGCAGCGUUGAAGGCAUUAUAUCAGACCGGUGUCGAUCUGUGCGGUAGGACAGUCAUGGUUGUAGUUGGCAGGAAUAUUCCAGUGACGCUUAUUGACAUGGAGAAGGCUUUGCUGUAUUUCAUCCAUGUGAUGGACCACAUAACAGUGAAGGAGUAUGUGAUGGUGUAUUUCCACACGCUCACCGGUGAACACAACCACCUGGACACAGACUUUCUCAAGAAGCUCUAUGACAUUGUGGACGCCAAGUUUAAGAAAAACCUGAGGGCUUUCUACUUCGUUCACCCAACGUUCCGCUCCAAGGUCUCUACAUGGUUCUUCACUACAUUCAGCGUAUCAGGCCUUAAAGACAAAGUCCAUCACAUAGAAAACCUGCAGCAGCUCUUCACCUGCGUCCUGCCUGAACAGAUCGACAUCCCUCCUUUUGUCCUGGAGUACGACUCACGGGUUAACAGCCCUUAUUACUCGGCUCAAUCCGCAGGCCUAUGAUGCAGUCAAAUAAACCCAGCAUUGAAGAGCUGGACUGAGAAGACAUUGAACUCGAUGACCCCAAACUCAAGAUGGACGCAAUCAAAAGUGUGUCUCCGCCGUUCCUGGCCGGCUAUGUUUUCUGAGACAGCGAAAGACUGUUGAUCAAUAAUGCUGUAUAAACACAAACUGCUGAAACAUGCUGAAUGUGCCACAGAACUGUACUAAACACAAGUGAAGGAGCCGCUGGCCUGACCCAAGCUUUUUUUUUGGAGGUAUGUGUGUGUGUUGCUGAAUUUACCAACCAAUAUUUUGUACCAAUGUGAAACACAUGUACCAGUGUCUGUGUUAAUAAUGGCUGGGAAUAGCAGAAAGGAUUCUGGCUUUAAUUUCUCAUGUUCUAGUCCAUCCAGUCAUGUGAAAGAAAUGUGCUUUCAUUUCAUCUCAUGUUUGCACAGUCACCAGAAGGAGCAGCAUUUGUUUUUAUCUUCAUUCUCUCUCUUUUUUUCAAGCACUUUUACAGCUUUAAGGUAUUAAACAUCACUACUGUUUCUUGAUUUUUGUCUUUGAGCAUACAAGCAAUGAAAUAUAGUUCAGGUUGGCCUGAUGAGAUUUCUUUUGCCAUAUUAAUAUCAUCAUUUUUUUUCUGUUUCUUACAAUAUGGCCAUCAGUGUUGCAUUGGAUUCUCCUGAAGUACACUAAACUCCUAGUUGGUCUUUUAUUCGGUGAAGCAGACUUGCAUUCAUGGCCUGGCGCAGACAGAGUUUAUUCACUGUAAAUAGACGUUUGUUGAUACUACAUAUGCAGUCUGUUACUAUUCAUUCUGGUUCAUUUUAGUCAGCCUUUACUGUAGCGAUGAAGUGAUUUAUGUGUUGAAUUUCAUACUGUUUUAAAUGAAUUAUGAUGUAUGGAUUAUGAUUAUGAAGAGAGUACUAUUGAAUAAAAACAGAAUUUGAUGUUAUGGGUAA